AGCAUUCAUCUCCACAACUCCCUGUGAAAGCUGACCUCUUAACAACUGUUAAUUUGAAAAGUGCUCUCAAUUAAAUAAGGCAGGUUUCGUGAUUUCAAUGAGUUUAAGUUGAGAUCCUUGUCAAGCCAUGUCACCACGAGGUGGCAUAUUUUGCAUCUCUAUAUUUACAGUGAAGAAUACCAAGACUAGGUUCGAUUAAGUAGCAAAGAAGAGGAUCUUCAAAAAUGUUUAACAAGUUGUGGAAACGUAUCCGCCAAUGGUUAUCUUUCAACAUCUCUGAGGACAGUCCAUUACCUGAGUCAGCAAGUGAGCAGAGUCAAUGGACCACAGCUACAGAUGAAGCAGCUCGAUCACCAGAAAGUUUAAAAAAUGAUGCUUCCUGCGAUCACAAAGAGAGUACACCAGAUGAAAAAUCACAUGAUAAUGAGGACAGCCAGUGCCGCAUCUGCUACGGAGACCAUUCAGAUGCCGACCCCCUCCUGUCGCCCUGCCAGUGUUCAGGAAGUCUGAAAUAUAUUCACUGCAGUUGCCUGAGAACAUGGAUCAGGACCCGACUACAGUCAGGGUUUGCCUUGGGUGCUGCCACAAGAUGUGAGAUUUGCACCAAAACAUUUUACUCUGUGGACAACAGCCAGCAAGAAUUAGAGAGUAACUUCGAAGAACUCUUAUUCGAAGUGGAACAUCUGAUGUCGGAACUGGAACUCCUGAGUACUGCGUUGCUGAUGAACAAAGUACUUUUGUUAUCACCUAUGGUGUACACAACUUAUUUCAACAGCAUAGGGAGUCCGCUAAGAACUAUAGGAUGGGAGGUUAUACUAAAUGUUCGUCCACGCACACCUGAUACCUAAUCAAGAAGCCAAGUCCAUCUUAAUUUCUGUGGAACUAAACAAUAAACUGUAGAGCAAUU